CUGCGCCCAUGUAAACCACGAACACUUUGAGUUUUGAAGGUGACAGUCGUUUUGAGCAAUUGAAAGAAAUGCAGUCCGUCAUUCCAUGGAGAAGAGGUGUUGAGGUAUUUCUGCGACAGAAGAGAAUAUGUUCUUUCUGUACAAAGUCCCAAGUGUCACCUGAGACCACCACUGAUACCAUUACUGUCCAAGGGAAAGCCUAUAACAGGGACAGCUGGACCAAUGUAACACCAACUAUUCUAAAGAAAGUUGGCAAGAACUUACAUUGCCAAAAAUAUCAUCCUCUUAACCUCAUCAAAUUACGAAUCAAUGACUUUUUUUACAAAAAUUACUUUAACAAAUUCCGAAACCCACUUUUUUCUGUGUAUGAUAACCUGAGUCCCAUUGUAACACUUCAUCAGAAUUAUGACAGCUUACUUGUGCCUAUUGAUCACCCAAGCAGGAAGAAAAGUGAUAGUUAUUACAUCAACUCGGAGUACAUGCUGCGAGCUCAUACAUCUAGCCAUCAGGUGGACCUGAUAGGAAUGGGUCUGGAUGCGUUUCUAUUGUAUGGCGAUGUGUAUCGCAGGGACGCCAUUGACGCUAGCCAUUACCCAGCUUUCCACCAGGUUGAAGGAGUACGACUCUACACUAAAUACGAGCUUUUUGAUAAAUCUGUAGACAACGAUAGAUUGAAUCUGUUUGAAGAUGGCCAUCGUCUGCCCACAAAACAGGAAAGUCACACUCAUGAAUCAUCAAUUACACUGGAACAUGACCUGAAAAAGACAUUGGAAAAUCUAACGCUUCAUUUAUUUGGAAAAGAUAUUGAGAUUAAAUGGGUAGAUGCCUAUUUUCCAUUCACCCAUCCAUCCUGGGAGCUAGAAAUUAAGUUCCGUGGGGAGUGGAUGGAGGUCCUAGGCUGUGGAGUCAUAGAACAGAAAAUUAUGCAUACAGCUGGAGCAGCUGACAAAGUUGGCUGGGCGUUUGGUCUGGGGUUAGAACGCCUUGCCAUGAAACUGUAUGAGAUUCCAGACAUUCGUUUAUUCUGGAGCGAAGAUUCUGGAUUUCUUUCACAGUUUGAAGUUGAUGACCCAUAUUCUCCUGUUAUCUACACACCUGUUAGUAACAAUCCACAAUGCAUCAACGACAUUUCUUUUUGGAUCAACCAGAAGAACUUUUCGGAAAAUGAUUUUUAUGACUUGGUUCGGGCCGUUGGAGGGAAUAUAGUGGAACAGGUACAUUUGAUUGACACAUUUUUCCAUCCUAAAAAGCAGCGCCACAGUCAGACCUACAGAAUAGUGUAUCGCCAUAUGGAACGUCCACUCACUGGAGAGGAAGUCAACACAGUACACCAGGAAAUCAGCGUUAAGGCUACACAAACUCUAGAUGUAGAUAUAAGGUGAAAAAGUGUGCAGAAAGGAUAGAGCUAAUAUAUAUAUAUGUGAAUAAGAUGUUAAACUGCUGCUACAUGUGAACAGCUCUAAAGUUAUUAGGUGUUUAGUAAAAAUAACUUUACAGUGCUCUCAGUUACAAGGAUCAAAAGAAGCAUAUUUGGUUUUAACAAUGAUAUGGAACAAUUUGUGUUGUUUUGUAUUAUUUGAAACAUAUGUAUGUUAUGCUUGUGAGAACAUGUUAUUGGCUGUGAAUUGUUACUGUGAAAUUUGAUACCUGAAAGAUGUAAAGAAGAUUAAAAGUUUCCUCU